AUGAAUGCGUGCGUCGUGGCGGCGGGUCUCAUUGCGCUAAUUGCGCAGAUUCCUCCAGCAGACGCGCGCUUAUCUGAUAGUAACGGACACGUCCCUGAGCUUAUGGCAAAAGACAGUGAAGAAGACCGCAGUUCAUCUCCUGCUGCCUGUAUUUCAUCAGCUGCAGCCAGGGACAACGUCCGCGAACAGGAUGGCAGUUCGAUACUACCAAGGGUCAUCCCCGUUGGGGUCGACGUCCCUUUGAUAUCGUCUGUGAUAGGGGCAUAUGUGUGCCAAGCUAUCGUUGUGAAUGCUAUUUUCGUGGCGUUGGCCUUGCUGUCGCAGAGGUUGCAAGAAACCCUUGACAUCGAUACCGCCUCCCUUAUUAUGGGCCAGAUGGCUGGGUUAGUUACCGUGACGGCAGGUGGUUAUACGGCGUAUAAGUUGUCUGAAUAUCUGUUGGAGCGAUUUCUGGUACGGGGCACAAUAAGCUGUGGCAAAAAUCUUCUGGCGGUAUUGUUAUCACGUAGCAAACGCUCAAUAUCAAUGCCCCUCGGCGCCAUUGCUGCUAUUAGCAACGCUACAAGGAAGUUAGAUAUCUAUAGGCGCAUGUCUAAAGCUUUGACGCCUCUAAUGCCAUCGGGAAACCCGACCAAUGAAGCUAAGCGGGCUGUCAUAGGUUUGGAUGGAGCCAAGGCGAGUCCUUCCCAGAUGUUGACAGGACGCAGAAAAGAGGCCAUAGUUAUUGCUUUCUACUGUUUUGCAACAUUCAUGUUACUAGGUGGCAGGUUACAGUCGUUCACGCCAAGUAAUAUCGCUCAUCCCGGUGCAUUUGCAGUUCCCAGCGCUUCACUACUAGCGGAGGGAUACAACUAUGCUAAUAAGAGGCAGAAGCAGAUUAUACAAGAGAUAGGCAAACUAUAUGGUUGUCAUACCUGCGGACGAUCAUCUGGUUCAGGCAAGUAUAUCGCCGAUCACCAACCUCCAUCAGGGGUGGUAAAACGAAGACUUCAAAGAUCAUCUAUUAAGUUCCUACUUGACAACCAUAUCAUACCAUUGUCACUCGUGCGUCCCCGGCAGUACUUUUAUCCGCAGUGUCCAGAGUGUUCAGCAGAACAAGCUAAGGCAGUACACGCAAAUAGGGGAAACCCAUUCUUAAUAGUCGUGAGGUUUUGCCUAGGACCUGGAGCAGCUAGCUCGAGUCAAGACUUCCUAGCUUGUGUAUUGGCCCUAAAUACUUGCCCAAGGGGCGGUAUGGAGAUAGUCAACUGGGAGAUAUGCGUAUGCGACGCGGCCUAUUGUAUUUUACGUAACUGUGUACAAAAAUGGCUUAUUGAAAUGAGAUUCUCAGGAUUGUCGUGCCUGGCUCCAUGCCUAGAUCAAAACUCAACAUGUAUAGUAUCACAAACGGGAUCUCUGGGCAAACCACCAUUAGUACUUGCUAAAAAUGAAGCAACAUAG